CACGAAUAUCUCCGAAAUGCCAGAAGCCUGUCUAGCUCGUUUCAGCUGAAGCAACUCCCGAUUUAAACGACUAAUCAAAAGAAAAUGUUCCGCUACGGUGUCUUACUAUUGAUCGCUUGCAGCGUUAUUGCCGCAACCGCGGAAGAGUGGAAUGUUGUUCCAAAGGGAGAAAUUGAAGAGAGGCAAUACACUUGCUCGGGUACUCUGGUUCGUAAUGCUGACGGAACAACAUCCUGCGUCGUCCAAGUCGGCGUCUCCAGCACUGGCUAUCCCAUCUACAAAGUGACCAACCUUAACACCGGAGUCACCUCGUAUGUAACACAGACGGGCUACAACGCUUACGGCCAACCCGUCUACAGCGUUUCUAGCACCUACCCUAUGACCACAUACGUCAACACUUGCUCGGGAACGUUGGUUACCAACAGCGACGGCACACGAUCCUGCGUAACCCAAGUUGGCGUUUCUAGCCUGGGCUACCCCAUUUACACCGUGACUAACUUGAACACAGGUGUUACAUCGUACGUAACACAGACUGGCGUGAGCUCCACCGGCACGGCUGUAUACAGUACUACUUCUACCUACCAGUGCGGAACCACCACCUCUGCCACCACUUGCUCUGGCACUAUUGUCACGAACAGCGAUGGCAGCAGAUCCUGCGUCACCCAAGUCGGAACAUCUAACACCGGCUACCCCAUUUACCAAGUGACCAAUUUGAACACUGGUGUCACCAGCUACGUACAACAAGUCGGUACCAACACGUCUGGCCAGCCUGUUUACAGCACAACCAGUACUUACCCCGUUAACACUACGUUCUCUUGCUCUGGCACAUUGGUCACCAACAGCGAUGGCACCAAAUCGUGCGUCACCCAAGUUGGCACCUCUGUCAAUGGAUACCCCAUCUACCAAGUUACCAACUUGAACACCGGCGUCACCAGCUACGUUGAACAGACCGGCAUUAGCUCAACCGGCCAGCCAGUCUACAGCGUCACUCCUUACUUCCCUACUAGCUCCCUUGCUCCCGCUCCGGCUCCCGUCACCGCUGCCCCGGUCACAGCUGCCCCUGUCACCGCUGCCCCGGUCACAGCUGCCCCUGUCACCGCUGCCCCCAUCACCGCUGCUCCCGUAACACUUGCUCCUGCCCCCAUAACCGCUGCUCCAGUUCCUGCGCCCACCGCAGCCCCCGUCCCCAAUCCCUUCGUCUACUAAAUACCUGACCGUGACCGUCCAAUAUUCAACGACCAUGCUCAGCAAUGAAAGGGGAAAACUUUAGCUUUAUGGAGCUUUUUGGCGUACAACUGUCUAUGAAACUGAUAUUAUGGUUUUCUGUCAAAAGUGUUAAAUUGAAUAAUAUGCAAUUGAUUUAAAAAUACACUGGGAUAAUAAGCAGCAA